UCCCUCCCGCGCUGAGUGGUUCCCUCUCUCCGCAGAUUGGCCGGGGGAGCAGGGCUAGCGGCUGCCCGGCUGGAUGCGGCCAGCUCCAGCCGGGGGUUCCUGCUUUUCAUGCUCCUCCAGCCCGCCAGCAUCCUGGCUUGGGUCCCGCCCUGGUCUGACCUGCUCCGGGGCAGCGAGGGCGAGCAGGAGAGGCAGCACCGCGCCAUGGCCCGCUACAGCCUCGGCAACCUCCUGGACUGGCUCUACGGCGGGGUGGACCCCAGCUUCGCGGGCAACGGGGGGCCAGAGUGUGCCGCCUUCCUUACCCCGCAGCAGCGCCUGCUGGAGAGUCUGGUCUUCCUCACCGUGGGCGUCCUGGAGAUCCUGGUGUCCCUGCGGAAAAUCAGGUGGCAGCUGCACUCCAGGGAGGAGGGAAACCAUCCGGCUCAGCAACCCCAGGCCAAGCAGGAGAGCCUGGGCAAGAACCUGCUGCUGGUGGCCCUCUGUCUCACCUUUGGCCUGGAGGUGGGGUUCAAGUUUGCCACCAGGACGGUCAUUUAUCUGCUGAACCCCUGCCACGUGGUCACUAUGUUGCAGAUUUUUCUCCUCGCCUGUCCCCCAUGUCGUGGUGCAAUGGUUCUGUUCAGGUUACAGAUGCAUAUGUUAAAUGGGGCCCUCUUGGCAUUGCUGUUUCCUGUGGUUAAUACACGCCUGGUGAGUAAACCAUGCCUUGUUUUCUCCUCUGACUUUUUAUUCUGUAGUCCUGGAGUUUACUUUUAUGUCCUUUUUCUAAAAUGCUGUUUCCCUUGA